UUAAACAAGCUGCCCCAUCCCCAGUGCUUCAUAUGCACAGGCACGUUUGGAAGACAGUGAUAAAAGAAAAGCUGGCCCACAAGGAUCACUGGGAUGAGCUGAAGUCUCUACACCCUGAAACGAUAUAUUGAGUGUCAGCUUGGGGCCAAUAAUUAACAUGAAACAUGUAGAAAUUGGAAGUGAUUUAGAGAAAAGCGAAAGGAGUAAGAACAAGAGGCUUGAUUUUGUUGAAGAGACGAUAUGCUGAGAGAUUCGUUUCCUCCAUUGCUGAGCUACACUAGCUGCGUGGCUCAGUAGCUGCGGACCCUGAUUGGACUUAACGAGGUGGCUUCGGGCUGGAGGCUGGCUCCAACUCUUCUCCACACAUCUCUCCACCUUCUGGGAUCAACCGACUACUGGACAAUAGUCUUCUAGCGGUGGUGACAGAAGUGCAGACGAGGAAUAGGAAAGAGAAGCAGCAGAUUUCGUUUCCUCUCCCUUUUCCUCAGCCACCUGCUCAUGACACGAUGUACAACUCCAGAGGGUGUCGUUCCAGUAGGCGAGUCCACUGAGAUACCCUUCUGACAGCAUUCUGGAAAGAGAGUCGAAACACGGCAGUUGACCAUAUAGAGAUGAAUAAACCAGCCAGUGCUUGUUCCAGAAAUGUUUGCAAGCCUCGGAUCUUUCUGGACUCCUCAUGUACUCAGUGUGGAGCUACAAGAGAUGGCCACAUAAAAAAAGACUGAUAACCUUGUUUGCCUGUGAGCACUGCACACUCAGAAGAUGCCAUUCACACCACAAUCUAUGCCAGGUUUCUUUCUGGACUCCUAAUAACUUCAAGAUGGAGGUUUUCAAUUCAAAAACAGCCGAACUACUUAGUCAUCAUCAAGUAGAAAUAAAACAAGAGUUUCCAAAAGAAGGAUGGGUGGAACAAGAUCCUAAGGAAAUUCUGCAGUCUGUCUAUGAGUGUAUAGAGAAAACUUGUGAGAAACUUGGACAGCUCAAUAUUGAUAUUUCCAACAUAAAAGCUAUUGGUGUUAGUAACCAGAGGGAAACCACGGUAGUCUGGGACAAGCUGACCGGAGAACCGCUCUACAAUGCUAUGGUGUGGCUUGAUCUAAGAACACAGUCUACCGUUGAGACUCUCAGUAAAAGAAUUCCAGGAAAUAAUAACUUUGUCAAGUCCAAGACAGGCCUUCCACUUAGCACUUACUUCAGUGCGGUGAAACUUCGUUGGCUGCUUGACAAUGUGAGGAAAGUUCAAAGGGCUGUGGAAGAAGAUAGAGCUCUUUUUGGGACCAUUGAUUCGUGGCUUAUCUGGUGUUUGACAGGAGGAGCCAACGGAGGUGUCCACUGUACGGAUGUCACUAAUGCAAGUAGGACGAUGCUUUUCAACAUUCAUUCUUUGGAAUGGGAUAAAGAGCUCUGCGAGUUUUUUGAAAUUCCAAUGAAAAUUCUUCCAAAUGUCCGGAGUUCUUCUGAGAUCUAUGGCCUAAUGAAAGCCGGAGCUUUGGAAGGUGUCCCAAUAUCUGGGUGUUUGGGGGAUCAGUCUGCUGCAUUGGUGGGACAAAUGUGUUUCCAAGAUGGACAAGCCAAAAACACGUACGGAACAGGCUGUUUCUUACUAUGUAAUACAGGCCGAAAGUGUGUAUUUUCUGAACAUGGCCUUUUGACCACAGUGGCUUACAAACUUGGCCGGGACAAACCAGUUUAUUAUGCACUAGAAGGCUCUGUAGCCAUAGCCGGCGCUGUUAUUCGCUGGUUAAGAGACAAUCUUGGAAUUAUAAAAACCUCAGAGGAAAUUGAAAAACUUGCUAAAGAAGUAGGAACUUCUUACGGCUGCUAUUUUGUGCCAGCGUUUUCAGGGUUGUAUGCACCUUAUUGGGAGCCCAGUGCGAGAGGGAUCAUCUGUGGGCUCACUCAGUUUACCAAUAAAUGCCAUAUUGCUUUUGCUGCAUUAGAAGCUGUUUGUUUCCAAACCCGAGAGAUUUUGGAUGCCAUGAACCGUGAUUGUGGAAUCCCACUCAGUCAUCUGCAGGUAGACGGAGGAAUGACCACCAACAAGAUUCUCAUGCAGCUACAAGCAGAUAUUCUGUAUAUCCCAGUAGUGAAGCCCUCAAUGCCAGAAACCACAGCCCUGGGAGCCGCCAUGGCAGCUGGAGCUGCAGAAGGGGUUGGUGUUUGGAGUCUUGAACCCGAGGAUUUGUCGGCUGUCACAAUGGAACGGUUUGAACCCCAGAUCAAUGCUGAGGAAAGUGAAAUUCGUUAUUCUACGUGGAAGAAAGCUGUGAUGAAGUCAAUGGGUUGGGUUACAACUCAGUCUUCGGAAAUUGGUGACCCUAGUAUCUUCUGUAGUCUGCCCUUGGGCUUUUUUAUAGUGAGUAGCAUGGUAAUGUUAAUCGGAGCAAGGUACAUCUCAGGUAUCCCAUAAGUAAUACCAGCUCAUGGAUUCAAAAGAUGCGAGCUUUUUACCUAACAAGAGAAUUCAGCGAUUAUGUCUUUUAAUGUGAUGACACUAUUCAUAGACUGAUUUUAUUUUUAAGCCACUUGCUGCAUGACCCUCCAAGUAGACCUGUGGCUAGAAAUAAAGAAAAUGCAGCA